AUGGACUCCAUCAACUGCACAGCCACUGAUCUCCUCCCCCUCCUAGGCGGAGCCACCAAUGCCACGGUGGCGGCAGACUUCAUCUGCCGUCGCUUCGAGGCGGUCUCCGCCAAACUCACCGAAGCCAACUAUGCCAUUAACAAUACAUAUCUCUUAUUCUCUGCCUAUUUAGUCUUUGCCAUGCAACUUGGUUUCGCCAUGCUGUGUGCUGGCUCUGUACGUGCAAAAAACACCAUGAAUAUAAUGCUUACCAACGUUCUUGACGCCGCGGCAGGGGGCUUAUCCUAUUAUCUUUUCGGGUUUGCCUUUGCAUUUGGUGCACCAUCUAAUGGAUUCAUUGGCCACCAUGAAUUUGGGCUCAAGAACUUCCCCACUUCUUUGUUUGAUUACAGCUAUUUUCUCUAUCAAUGGGCUUUCGCCAUUGCUGCUGCAGGUAUUACUACUGGUUCCAUAGCAGAAAGGACACAAUUUGUAGCAUACUUAAUAUACUCCUCUUUCUUGACUGGCUUUGUGUACCCCAUCGUGUCACACUGGUUCUGGUCCAGUGACGGUUGGGCGAGCGCCUCAAAAUCAGAUAACCUUCUCUUUCGCUCUGGAGUCAUCGAUUUUGCCGGUUCAGGAGUCGUGCAUAUGGUAGGGGGCAUUGCUGGUUUUUGGGGUGCUCUUAUUGAAGGCCCGAGACUAGGUCGGUUCGACCGGUCAGGCCGGUCUGUGGCUUUGCGUGGCCACAGUGCUUCACUUGGUCCAUACUAUGGCCAGUGGAGUGCGGUAGGAAGGACAGCUGUCACAACGACAUUGGCCGGAAGCACGGCUGCCCUAACGACAUUGUUUGGCAAGAGAUUAUUGGUUGGUCAUUGGAAUGUGAUUGAUGUAUGUAACGGUUUAUUAGGAGGUUUUGCUGCAAUAACUUCUGGAUGUUCGGUCGUUGAACCUUGGGCAGCUAUUAUAUGCGGUUUUGUGGCGGCUUGGGUUUUGAUAGGGUUCAACAAAUUGGCCGAGAAAUUGAAGUACGAUGAUCCACUUGAGGCAGCACAAUUGCACGGUGGAUGUGGCGCGUGGGGUGUGUUAUUUACCGGAUUAUUUGCUGAAGAGGCCUAUGUUUACGAGGUGCAUCAAGGGCGGCGGCCAGGGAGGCCGCAUGGGUUGUUCAUGGGAGGUAUUACUAGUGGUUCCAUAGCAGAAAGGACACAAUUUGUAGCAUACUUAAUAUACUCCUCUUUCUUGACUGGCUUUGUGUACCCCAUCGUGUCACACUGGUUCUGGUCCGGUGCCGAUUGGGCAAGCGCCUCAAAAUUAGAUAACCACCUUCUCUUUCGCUCUGGAGUCAUUGAUUUUGCCGGUUCAGGAGUCGUGCAUAUGGUAGGGGGCAUUGCUGGUUUUUGGGGUGCUCUUAUUGAAGGCCCGAGAAUAGUUUCUUGCUAUGGUUUCAAUCCCGGUUCAUUUUUAUCCAUAUCCAAGUCUUAUGACACUAGUGAUACAUAUUAUGGCCAGUGGAGUGCGGUAGGAAGGACUGCUGUCACAACGACAUUGGCCGGAAGCACGGCUGCCCUAACGACAUUGUUUGGCAAGAGAUUAUUGGUUGGUCAUUGGAAUGUGAUUGAUGAAUGUAACGGUUUAUUAGGAGGUUUUGCUGCAAUAACUUCUGGAUGUUCGGUCGUUGAACCUUGGGCAGCUAUUAUAUGCGGUUUUGUGGCGGCUUGGGUUUUGAUAGGGUUCAACAUAUUUGCAGAGAAAUUGAAGUACGAUGAUCCACUUGAGGCAGCACAAUUGCACGGUGGAUGUGGCGCGUGGGGUGUGUUAUUUACCGGAUUAUUUGCUAAAGAGGCCUAUGUUAACGAGGUGUAUCAAGGGCGGCGAGGGAGGCCGCAUGGGUUGUUCAUGGGAGGUGGUUGGAGGUUGUUAGCAGCCCAAAUCAUCCAAAUUUUGGUGAUCUUUGGGUGGGUCACAGCCACAAUGGCACCACUUUUCUAUGGUCUACACAAAUUGAGGCUACUCAGGAUUUCAAGUGAAGAUGAAAUGGCUGGAAUGGACUUAACAGUUCAUGGUGGAUUUGCCUAUAUAUAUCAUGAUGAAAAUGAUAAUUCAAAUGCCCCUCAAUUUGAGAUGAGGAGAAUCGAACCCGCAACAAGUCCACAACAAGAUCAUAACUCCCACAUAAACUAUAAUGAUUAG